UAGGAUUUUGUUUAUUAUUUUUUCGUUGUCUCCAGGGGCCUCCUGGUUACCUGAGGCUCAUCGGAGCUCCCCCAGUCCGCCGGCGGCCGCGUGCUCAUGCUGGGCUGGGGGGUAUCGGGAGGACUCGCUCCGGCUGGUCUGGAGCCUGCUCCCGGGCCGCAAUUCUCCUCCUCCUCCUCCCCUGUGGGUCGGGCUGGUAGCGGCCGGCGUGUGCGCACGCCGACGUCGGUGACGUCACUUCCGGGUUCGGCCGCAACCCGGAAGUAAAGCGCAGGAGCAGAGCAGUUUGAAUAAAAGGCGGGAGCUGCCAUAAGGACGCUGAUCUGAGGUCUGUGAGUACUGCAGCUGCAUUUUACCCUACAGAAUGUCAGGUCCUGAGGUACAAACUGUUAUGGAGCUGGAUGCUCCCCCUCUGCCUCCUGCUAAAGAGGCGCAAAAAAAGCUUAAAAAACCUCCUCGCUGCAUCUCUUGUGCAAGGAAACUGCCUGACGAUUAUGGAAAGAAGCUUUGUAAAGCAUGUAUUUCUGAUGUAAUCCAGGAGGAACAGUCGUCCCUUAUGGAAAAUAUCAGAUCGGUGGUUCAGGAAGAAAUUCGGGCCGCUAGAGUUGCUCAGUCUGAUCCCCAGGACGAGCCUUCUCGCAAGCGUCCGCGUUCCAGGAUUUUUUCUUCCGGAUCCGAGGACGCAGGCGAUAAAGCUUCUACCUCCACGCAGUGGGAGGAUGAUCCAUCUCUCUCUGAGGGGGAGGUAUACGAAAAUAAUAAGAAGUUUUUUUUUUCCUCGGAGGAGAUGAAUGACUUGUUAAAGGCAGUCAGAGCAACAAUGGGGAUUGAAGAGACCCCUAGGUCCGUUUCUAUUCAGGACGAAAUGUUUGGGGGACUCAAGGUGAAAAAAUCCAGGGUCUUCCCCAUAAACGAGCACAUUAGACAAAUGAUUCUGGAGGAAUGGUCAGAACCUGAGAAACGAUUGGGGAUUUCCAAAGAGUUUAAGAAUCGAUUAUUAUUCGACCCCUCUCAGUCUAAGCUGUUUGACGGGACCCCUAAAGUUGACGUGCAGGUGGCAAAGGUUAACAAAAAAACUGCCCUGCCGUUUGAGGAUGCUGCCCAAUUGAAGGACACCAUGGAGCGAAAGGCAGAUGCCCUUUUAAGGAAAGCUUGGGAGGCCUCCAUGUUUAACAUCAAGACCAACAUUGCGGCAACAUCGGUAGCCAGGUCUAUGUACCUGUGGUUAGGGGAACUUGAGAACCACCUAAGCAGGAAGACCUCCAGGGAAGAGAUCCUGCAGUCCAUACCGCUACUCAAAUCAGCUACAGGGUUCCUGGCAGAUGCAUCUGCUGAGUCUAUCAGAUUCUGUGCUAGGGAGGCAGGGUUGUCCAAUGCGGCUCGUCGGACUUUGUGGAUGAAGUCCUGGUCGGGCGAUAGAAUCUCUAAGCUAAAACUGAUAUCCAUCCCCUUUUCAGGAGAAUAUGUAUUCGGGCCGGUCCUAGACGAGAUACUUGAGAAGGCGGCCGACAAGAAAAAGGGAUUCCCAGAGGAAAGGUCCUUUAGGAAGAAUCAGUCCUUUCGGUCCUACGGCGGACAGAAUAAGUCUGUUAGAGGGAAAGGCAAGUCAGGCCGCUGGUCUUAUCCCAAAGGGGGUAGAGGAAGGGGCUUCCUUCUCAAGCCCCAGUCCAAAUCUGAGGACAAACAAUGACGCCGUUGUAGGGGGGAGACUGAAGGAUUUCCUGGGUCCAUGGUCAUUAACAUCAAGAAAUCCCUGGGCCCUGGACAUCAUUCAGCAAGGUUACAGGAUCGAGUUCACCUCUCUCCCCCCUGCAAGAUUCGUCAUCACGAGGUUGCCUACCAGACUCUCCAACCUAAACAUCUUUCAAGGAGUCCAGGACUUGGUGAAGAAGGGUGCUGUAAUCCCGGUCCCCGCAUCUCAGAGGGGUCAGGGGUACUAUUCAACCCUAUUCUUAGUAAGGAAAAAGGAAGGAGACUUCCGGACCAUCAUAAACUUAAAACAACUGAACAAGUUUAUUCUUUACAGGAAGUUCAAGAUGGAGUCUCUCAGAUCCUUAGUGCCGUUGAUAAAGCUAGGGGCAUUUAUGUGCUCGAUCGACCUGAAAGAUGCCUAUCUGCACGUCCCCAUUCACCCAGAUCACCAGAGGUUUCUAAGGUUUGCUGUCCUAGACCCUUCCAAUCGGAUUUGUCAUUUCCAGUUUAUAGCACUGCCCUUCGGGAUUUCAGCCGCUCCAAGGCUCUUCACCAAACUUGUGGUAGAGAUGAUAGCCCCCCUCAGACAGGAGGGAUUAAAUAUAGUGCCAUAUCUGGACGAUUUCCUAGUCAUAGCGGACUCAAAAGAUCUCCUGCUGUCGGACCUGGAAGUAUUUCUAUCCCGCCUAUCUCAACUAGGUUGGAUAGUGAACGAACCCAAGUCAAUGUUGGUUCCAUCCCAGAAGGUGAGAUUUCUGGGAGUUACUCUAGACUCCGUAACUCAGUCAACCUUUCUUCCACAGAGCAAAAUCCAGUCCCUGAUAAACAAGGUGAGGCGCUUCCAACAGGGGAAAAAAUGCUCAGUGAGGGAAGCAAUGAGCCUAAUCGGCCUCCUAACCUCCUGUAUACCCUCGGUCGAGUGGGCACAGGCUCACUGCCGUGUGAUUCAGACCUGGCUAUUGUCCCACUGGAACAAGAAGAAGGGUUCUCUGGACUCCAAGCUCCCAAUCCCAGGAUUAGUAAAGAAGUCCCUCUCAUGGUGGACGAAGGAGAGAAAUCUGUCCCAGGGAGUCCCAUGGAUCAGAUCACAGUCGAUUACCGUCUUCA